AUGUACAACAAUAAAUUAAAUGUUGAACUGAGAAGAGGUGGGGAAGGAGGAGGAGGAGACAUCGGCCAUUGGAGGACCACAGGAUCCGAUGGCAUCGGCAACAAAGGGGAGGAGGAAUUGCCGUUACUCAUUGGUUUGAGUAAACAGUGUUCAUUUGAUUGCCUACCACCGCCAGCAGCACCACCAUCACCACCACCACCACUACCAUUACUUUGGUGUAUAUUACUACUCAUUAGGUUAGCAGUUUGUUCUUGA